AUCCUCCAGAAAUCAGGCCAAAAGGACUCUGUGUUCCAUGAGGAGAACCUGCUAUUCUGUGUGGCCAACCUGUUUGCAGCUGGCACUGACACCACGGGGACUACACUGCGCUGGGGACUGUUGCUGAUGGCCAAGUACCCCGACAUACAGGACCGAGUGCAGGAGGAGAUUGACAGGGUGAUCGGAGACCGACAGCCUGUGGUGGAGGACAGGAAGAGCCUGCCCUACACUGACGCCGUGAUCCACGAGAUCCAGAGAGUAGCCAACAUUGUGCCUUUAAAUCUUCCCCACACCACAAGCUGUGAUGUGCAUUUCCAGGGUUUCUUCAUCCAAAAGGGCACCGCUGUGAUUCCUCUGCUCACCUCAGUACUGAGAGAUGAAUCUGAAUGGGAGCAGCCUUACAUGUUCCACCCAGAACACUUCCUGGAUGACCAGGGCCAGUUUGUCAAGAGAGACGCUUUUCUUGCAUUCUCUGCAGGACGCAGGGUGUGUCUGGGAGAGAGUCUGGCCAGGAUGGAACUCUUCCUCUUCUUCACCGCGCUGCUCCAACGCUUCCGUUUCACUCCUCCUCCUGGUGUCUCUGAGGAUGAGCUGGACCUCACAUCGAUCUUAGGAAUUACCCUUAACCCCUCCCCCCAUAAGCUGUGUGCUUUGAGCCGCUCCUGACUUCCUUGAUGUCAAGUCAAAGUCAAG